CUUGACCCACACGCUGCCGCCACCGCUCGGCCACGAGGCGCCUCCCUAGAGCUUUUCUUGUCCCCACCCCGUCCUCGGCUUCCUCUGUCCUUCACGGGACUUUGGCGUCUCCUUUCUCCCCGUCCUGUCCCCGCCCCGCCCCGGCUUUAAACCUGGCGCGCAGGGCGCGGGUAGGUGAGCGCGCUCGCCGGGCGGAUCGAGGCGCGGUCCUGUCUCCUGCGCCGCUGGAGGGCGCGAGCUCCGCCUGCACCAUGAGACCCGAGCCGGCCGCCGGAGCCUGGGAGGCGCCGGGGCGCGUCUGUCACUGCCCCGGGAACGGUCCCCCGAGGCCGUCGUCGCCGCGCCAGCCCGAGAGUUCCAGCCCGACACCGUGGAGGCCUUGGACGCAGACUCCAGGAGAUGCAGAGCUGACCAGAACUGGAAGCCUGAAACUUCAGGAUGGUGCCUUCAGCGACUCCUUGAUUGUAUCUGUGUGUGUGUGUCUGUCUUUACAGUGUGAGCCUGCGGGGCAACAGCAGACUUUGAGAUCGAAGGGGGUCUUCGGGUUUCAGCAUCCUGUCAGACUUUAUUUACCCAUUUCAAAGCGUCAAGAAUACCUGCGGAGCUCCGGGGAGCAAGUGCUGGCCAGUUUCCCGGUGCAAGCCACCAUUCAUUUCUACAACGAUGAGUCUGAGCCCGAUUCAGACGAGGAGGAGCAAGAGGACACGCAGACCUACCAUCUUCAGUGCCACGAGUACGAAGGUGGCCAGGAAAGUGGCCUGGGGGGACAGGGCAGAGGUGGGCUGCUAAGCCCACCUAGAGGAAGGGAUGGCUUGAGGGGUGGCCUCCACGGUAAGGGGCAGCUCCCUCAUGGUGACUCUCCUGGGGGCAGUGAGUGCUUCUCAUCCAAAUGAAUUGGUCUCUCCCAUGUUGGCCCUCCGGGGGGCGGGCAGCCCUGGGCCCACGCUGCAGGACCUUGCUCAUGUCCUGGGGACAGCCCUGACAGGACAUGGCAUCUUCCACUGGGUAUCCAGAGGCUGGGACUUCCUGCACUGCCUCUGCUCAGUAUGCUGAGAAGGCAGCUUUUACUCUUUCCCCUCCGGGUGAUUCUUUUUCAGUGUGCUCAGGCAUACCUUUGAGAAGAGGUGGUGGGACAAGGAGGUCUGUGUCCACACAGGUUGUUGUCAGCAUUCAGGGCUCACUCAGCACCGGCACUCUCCUGACCCGGUUAUACGGGAUCUAGACUAGUUAAUGGACUGGUGACCCAGGCCCGCCUCUCACUUAAACGCAGUCAUGAUUCAGCUCUUUGCCUUUGUGAAAACAAUUUAGAUAUUAAGUCCCAAUUUCAACCUGUUGUCCAACAUUGAUUUGGUUGCUUAGUAGCAUUCUGAAAAAAUUUUUUCCUUAUGACAAAAAAAAAAAAUCAAAACACUGGAUAAUUUACAUAAGAGAAUCAAUAAGAAGAUAUGGAUUUCUAAGGAAUAAUUCUUGAUAAAAAUGUAUGUGAUAAUUGUAAAGGGUUGUGUGUAUGAAUCCACAGGUUCUAGAGUUAACCUUUUUAGUUGGUGACUACUUUGGGCUUUUUACUUGAAUGAAAUAACACUUUCCAAUUAAAGUGUCUGAUGUAAAGUUAUUUUGUAUUUUACUUUUCGAUGAUCAAAAGUGAUUCCUCGAGGUAUUUACUUAAUUAUCCUACUUAGAGUUGUCUUCCUAUGUAGAGCAUAUGACAUAAAUUUCUACUUAAAAUAAAUAUUUUGAAAGAAUGUUUGACAAUCACCAUGUUUUGGAUGAGAUGUUCUUAGACUUAGUCCCUGUGUUGAAGUUUUCCAGGAUUCUUUUAUAGGGAACACUUCUAAAAUUAAAUUAUUUUUCAGAAUGUAGAUAAAAAGUAUAGGAAAGAAAAUAAAAUGGCCGAUGACCUCGCUGCCCAAAGAACCCGUUCAUAUUUUUUUAAAGGAGA